UUCUCUUUUGGAAGACUCCCUUGUUUCUUUCUUCCUUCCUCGCUCCCUUCUCUCCUUUCCCAUUUUUCUUUUCCUCUUUUCACUCUGCACUUUCUCUGCACCCAUAAAUUGAUAAAUAUCACACUCUUACUUCAUGGUUAAGAAGAAGGAAUAACAAACUCAUUACUUCAGGGUUGCUUUCCUUUUUAUUGAGUGAAGAUGUUUUAAUGGAUAAUCAAUGCAUCUAGAUCUCUUCAUCUCUCUCUCUUUACCCACUUUCCCUUUUCAUUAUUGCUACACAUUUUCCCAAUGCUUAGUGGUUCCAAUCAUCAUAUUGUCACAUUGAAGUCUUUGCAUUGAAUAAUGCCAUCUCUGCAUUCCCAAGAUAUCUCCCCAUCCACAGUUUCAGAUUCUCAGUACAAGUUUUCGCCAUGAAAUUUGGUUCUCAUCAAAAUGAUUUGGACUCACCCUCCAGGCAAAGUUCAAAGGGAAGUUUCAGGAAGUUUACUUCUGGUUUCCAGCAAAAUGAUUUGGACUCUUUUCCAGGGCAAAGCUUGGAUGGAAGUUUUAGGAAGUCCAACUCUGUUAUCUCUGCUCACAGUGUGUCUGGAAUUUCAGUUUCAAGCAAGUACUUUCCUACUUCAAGAAGGGUCUACAAGGGGUUGAAGGACUUUGGAAAGAGAUUUCUUGACCAAGAAUUAUUUACACAGGGUCUUAAAGAUUGGGUUUUGGAAAAUUAUUGUGCUGAUCCUACUACAGGGGAGGAGUCUUUCAUGUCACCGUUUCAGAUUGAUGAACUGCGAAAACUUGAUUUAGCAUUGGAAGGAGUUUCAUUCCAGCAGCUGUGUCGUAUGCCAUGUUCAUCUUAUGUUUGUCAAGGUUUGGAAGAAGAUGAGUAUUUUGCUUUUGAAGAUUUUCUCCAUGCUGUUGUAAGUGGCCUGUGGCGUACCUUUUGGCGUAAAAGUGGACCAUUACCAUUCUUUUUGUCUUGUUCCCGUCAUCCUGGAUCCAAGUUUUAUUCUUUAGAGAAGGUAAUAUCAAGGGGAAGGCUAAAUGAGAUCCAUGGUUUAGCUUUAAUGUCCAAAACUGAGAAUGAUUUAAAAGUUCAUUGGGGUCAAGUGUUGGAGUUAGCUUUAUUUAAAUCUGAUAUGCUGUCAGGAAAUGAGAUGAUUCUGUCUCCUAGCAGUAUCUGUGAAGCCUUAUUUUAUGGUGUUCAUAUACUUAUUUCACGGAGUCUGGGAAAGUCCAGUUCCAUUGUGAGUGAUUCCGUUUUUCUCUUGGUUUUUGAUUCCAAAUUUGGUGCUGUGGUGAAAGUUGGAGGUGAUCUUAGCAGACUUAAAUUCAACUCAACUAAUCCUUACCAGUCUGUUGCUGAAUGGAUAAAAUGUCAUGCAGAAGUCAGCAUUUCUUCAGUAGACCGAAUAUGGAAUAAGCUUGGAAAUGCAAGUUGGGGGGACCUGGGAACUUUGCAAGUAAUCUUGGCUACUUUCUAUUCCAUUGUCCAGUACUGUGGACCUCCAAGAAAGUCAAUAGCCUCAUUGGCCUCAGAACACAGUCUUCGUCUUCAAAAGCGUAGGAUAGAAUGGAACUUAGCUGACAAUGAAAAUGCUCUAGUCCCCUCCGAACAUGUUAGCCAUCAGAAUGGAGAAAUUGUUGAACUCGAUAAGAGUGAUAAUCCAUAUUUUCGGAAGAAUGCAUCACGCUUGAAACUUAAGCAGGGUGAGGUUCUUCUGUUAGAGGAUCAAAGGGAGGGUCUUAAACGUUUCCAAAUACAGGAGUCCUUGAUUGGAGGGAACUGCCUUCUCUAUGCUGCUAUUUGUUUAGAACAUCCCAUAGGGGUUUUGACUUUGUAUGUUGGUGCUCAUCCUUCUAGACUUGAACCAUCUUGGGAGGACAUGAGUUUGUGGUAUCAAGUGCAGAGGCAAACAAAAGUGUUAAACACAUUGAAGCAGCAGGGAAUUUUGAGCAAAUAUUUGCCUGAAAUAAUUGCCUCAGGCCGAAUUUUGCAUUCUGGUCCUUGUAAAAGGCAGAUUCCAAGUGGACGAUGUGAUCACCCCUGGUGCGGAACACCAAUACUCGUGACAUCUCCAGUUGGGGAACCACUUUCAUACAUAAUUUCCAGAGAUGGCCCGUUUUCCCCUGUGGAGGCACUGCACUGCUGCAGAAACUGCCUUACUGCUCUAAGCAGUGCAGCAACAGCCAAUGUCCAGCAUGGAGAUAUUUGUCCCGAAAACAUAACACGUGUUGUUGAAUCACAAGGAACAAGAAACAAAUUUCAUUACAUUCUGACUUCAUGGGGACGUGCUGUCUUGGAAGAUAGGGACAGCCCUGCCAUAAAUUUGCAAUUCUCAUCAUCUCAUGCACUACAGCAUGGGAAACUAUGUCCCUCCUCUGAUGCUGAGAGUCUUGUUUACCUCCUCUAUUUCAUUUCUGGAGGAGCAAUGCAGGAACAGGAUUCUAUUGAAUCUGCUUUGCUGUGGAGGGAGAGAAGUUGGGCAAACCGUUCCAUUCAGCAGCAUCUAGGUGAAGUUUCUCCUCUACUGAAGGCAUUUGCUGAUUAUGUGGAUAGCCUUUGCGGAACCCCAUACCCAGUUGACUAUGAUAUCUGGUUGAAAAGGCUGAACAGUGCUGUGGAUGGAGAUGCAGAUAGAGGUAAGAUGAUUGAAGAAAUGGCCAUAACAUGGAGACCAGAAGAUGUUGCUGAAUCUUCAGGAACAUCUGUCGGUGGUACUUAAUUUUCAAGGGGAAGAAAAGUUGAGAUUUGCCAUGGGAUUUAUUUAUUUUUGUAACGAUCUUUGGUGAGAAUUCUCGUGUUCUCUUCAAAUGUGUAGUUUCAACAGGCAGGCUUUUCGGCUAUGGUCUUCACGAAUACUAUGAUGCUCGCUCGGCAGAGUUGUAAUGGCAAUUCGCUGAAAUAUAGCCAUUUUUUUAAGAAAAAUAGAUUCCAUUGCAUGUAAAUGUGUUUUACAGUUUUAAAAGUAUUCUAAUUCAAUCCAGAUUUUAUUUAUUAAGUAUUCAGCCUGGGUAUCUUAUAAACUGGUUCUUAAUAGAUUCAUGUAAUAGUC